CAUUGAUGACGUCGCCAUUCCUCCAGGCAAACAUGGCGACUACUGGACCGGCGGUAGAGGAGGCUGAAGAUAAUUCUUUUUUACCCAUUAUUCAUGAGAUUAUCAAAUGUAUGGACAAAGACAGUCCGGACGUGCAUCAGGAGCUGAACAAACUGAAAAGCAAGAUCCAAGAGACUCGGGAGCAGAUCUCAGCUAUGCCGGGCAUCGACAUGAGUCCUGCGGUACAAGAGAAUAAACUCCGCACUCUGAGAGAACAAGUCCGGACCAAGAAUCAGCUUCUGCAGAAAUAUAAGAGUCUGUGUAUGUUUGACAUUCCCAAACCAUCUUGAGACUUUUUUGCAAAGAAGGAAGAAACAACGAAUGUACACACGGACAGAUGUUUACAUGGUUGCCCUGAGGUCAGGUGUUACUAUCCCAGCGGUAGACAUAUUCACGCUUGUGUUGUACUAUUUGUUUUUGCUAAAUAUAUUUUUAUAUAUGUGUUCAUGUUUGUAUUUUCCCUCUUGGAUAUAGCUUUUGACACAUUUUAUAUGAGUUGGUGAAUGAUUGGUGGAUACACUUCAGCUUAGUCCGCCAUGUAGGCCUACAUGGCGUUUUAUUAAAGUUGUUGUAUAGAAAGUAUUUCAUUUCUUUCAAGGUUUGGCAUAAACACCGAAAAAUGAAACAUAAUGGGUCAUUGACACAAAAAAAAUAAAAAUAAUUUUUGCAACAUGUUGAAUUUAGUUACUUAAAAUUAGCCAAUGUAACACAAUUCUGGAUUUUUUUUUUUUGGUCACAACUUUAUUGUUUGCAAUUAAUUUAAAUUCGUCAAAUGGAAGUUAAUUUAAUCCAUUUUCGUUGGCCAUAACAGAUGUAAAUGUGAUGUCAGGUUCCCUGCAUGCACCACGGCAUGAGUAAAAUCGGAAAAUUAUUGUCUUAAUAUUUGCUUUUUGUUGCAGUAUUUGCACUCUUGUUGUGUUUGUUAUCCCUUUGGGUUUUGUGUCAUGGGAGUGCAUCUAUUUUCAAAAUAUUUUUGUUGAGUGAAAAAAUAACAAAUUUAGUUUUUACACGACUUGAUCAAAUUCAGUCAAAUAAAUUUAGUUUUUGAUGAAACAAAUUUUAUUUAAUUGCGUAAAGACAUAAUUGUGUAAAUGUCCCUUAAUUUUAUUAAGUUUAAUGAAUGUAUUUAUUUUUUGGGGUGCAAAUGAGGCUGUCCAAGUUUAAAGGGCCUAAAGGUGUAAAGAGAGAAGCUCUUUGUUUGUUUUUGUCACAUUACAACAAAAUGGCUACAUGUUGGUUACACCACAUGUCUUUGAUUUGGUGGGCCACAUUUUUUCAAAUAUGAAUCUUUGUGUUUAUUGCUUAUUUUAAUAUAUACGAAUAUCUUAAAGUAAGAUUUAAAAUAUAAGAUUUGUAGAAUUUCAGAUUUUAAUGAGACUUUGAAAUUUCUUUACUGUCUCCGGAUGGUUACGCCACAUUAAAAAAGAAUUAAGCCUCAGAAAAUUAUCAAAAUGACUUUAAAUUCAUACAUAGAAUGUGCAUUCUA